AGAAUGCUCUCUGCGCCAGUGCAAAGCAACGACGGAGUUCACAAGCAGUAUUCGCUUCUGAUUCUUUCGUGGUAGCCUAUUGGACCCUUGAUUGACACUUAUUUGGUAGCCCUGCUACAAGAAGAGAAUCCGAUUUAUUCAUAUUGCCAGAUUUCCGUUUCAAGAAAGUCGCCCAUCAUUUUAGCUUUCUGCACAAUACAGUGCGCUACGAAUUCAGCUCGUAGCGCACGCCUCGUAAAAGAGGGCUCCCCCAAAAUAAAUAUAAUAUUUCCAACGCUAUUAGCUUUCCUUUGGCACUCUUCUGUCCAUUGAAAGGAGGAGGAAGAAGAAAGUAACAGCUAGAGUGUCCUCAACAAUAACAACACUGGAAAAAAAAAAGAAACAGCUCAGGGGUCCUUGUGUUGCCAAGAUGUCGCACAUGACAGCUGAUUUGGAGUACUUUAAGUGCGAUAUGUGCGGCGUGUACAUGCAUCGCGACAUUUUCUGCGACCACCGCCGCGACUGCCACGGCCGUGACAGCACCGUGCUGAAGCGAGGCGAGUGCGCGAAGCUGUCCGACGCGCUCAGCCGCGAGACACGAGAACUGUUGCUGGCGAGAGAGGCGGAGGCCGGCGCGCCCACUCGACCUAUUGAUGCACCGAUACUGCAACGGAGCAGCAACGGCAACGGCAACAGUGAGGCGAUGGCGGCCGACGCUAGCGCCGGUGCUGGACAACGCUGUCGCGAAGCCGAUCGUGUUGUGGGAGAGAAAUGCGAAUUUGGCUCAUGCGAUCAGGCAUCAGAAGCAGCAACGGCCACCGAAGCCGCAGCGACGUUAUCGAAGGCGCCUUCUUCAUCGCCGUCGGUUUCCCGCAACGGUGAUCCGGUCAAGAUAAGUGCCUCGGUCUCCGUUGCGGAGCUGGAGCGGCGCCAGGAGGCGCGGACGCGGCGGGCGGUGUCGGACCGGUAUCAAGCGACGCUAGACGCGAAGAUUAGCGCGUUGCUCACAGAGGAAAAGAAGUCGGCGCUCCUGAGCUUCUUAAAUUCGUAG